AUGAUCGAGCGUGCCCUUGUUUUGCGGCCAUUCUACGAUUCCUUUGUCCAGAGAGCGUCAAGCGAGUGGAACAAAAGCAAUUUGACGAAGACUGGUAAUAUCAAAAAGGGCUCGAAGAAGCCAUUCUUUCUCCAGAAUGAAAAUUGCAUUACUGAUGACGAUUGGCACGUGCUCCAGGCACUUCACGAUAUCCUUCUUGACUUCCAGUUGGUAGUUAAAGCCCUUGAGGGUGAUGGACAGGGAAAACACCAGGAGAAGGCCGAGGAUAACGAAGUCGAACCCCCAUUGUCAGGUAAGUCUUGGAUUUCUCGAGGCAGCUAUGAUUAUUAUUGUUAUGGUUAA